UCGAAGAUUAAAAAAGCGACUCGAAAUCCCCCUUCCACUUUGCGCUGUCAGUUGUCGCUCGCAAGUGCUCUUCUGGCGGCACUAGUUGAAGCAGCAGCGGCAGCAGAAACCCACCGCCACGGGCCUUCAAGCGCCACUCGGCGUUGUCAUAAGGUGACCUCAAUACCCAUUUUGAACUAAUAUUUGGCUACUCUUUGAAGGAAGGUCCAAGAUGAAGCCCCACAAAAUCAUCAAAUACCAAGCCUUCAUGCGCCACGAGCUCAAAACCACCCUCUUCCCCACACACCCAUCUCCCUCCCCUCUUCUUUUCUCUUCAACCCCUCACCCAAGCAUCUCCCCACAAACCCAGACCCUCCCUCAAGACACCCCUACAAUCCCUCUGCCGAUCACUCAGCGCUCCCUUCAAAGCUUGAUCCAUUCUUCUGAGUGGCAUUCUAUCAAACACCUUGCGCCCCAGCUCACUCCCUCUUUAAUCUCCACCACACUUUACAACCUCCAGAAAACCCCUCAACCCGUUCUUCAAUUCAUAACCCACAUCGAGUUCCAUCGUCUCGAUAUCAAAAUCCGUUGCCUUGCCAUCGCCAUUGUCGCCCGUCUCCCAUCCCCAAAACCCACUUUAGAACUCAUAAAGCAAUCCAUUUCCAGUGGCAUUGCUACAAUUAGAGUUUUUUUCGAUGAGUUAGCUCUUGCGCGCGAUAAUUUGAGUAUCAAAAGUAGUACUGUUUUUGAUUUGUUAAUAAAGGCUUGUUGUGAAUUGAAGAGGGCUGAUGAGGCGUUUGAGUGUUUCGAUAUGAUGAAGGAAAAGAGUGUCGUACCCAAGACUGAGACUUGUAAUGAUAUGUUGAAUUUAUUGUUGAAGUUGAAUAGAAUGCAGGCAGCCUGGGUUUUGUAUGCGGAGAUGUUUAGGCUGAAGAUCCAAUCAAGUGUGUAUACAUUUAAUAUAAUGAUUAAUGUGUUGUGUAAGGAAGGGAAGUUGAAAAAGGCAAAGGAGUUUAUUGGGUUCAUGGAUGGUUUAGGGGCUAAGCCUAAUGUUGUUACGUAUAAUACCUUAAUUCAUGGGUAUUGUUCAAGAGGGAAGAUUGAAGCGGCUUGGGUGAUUCUUAAUGCCAUGAAAGCUAAAGGUGUGGAACCAGAUUCAUAUACGUAUGCUUCACUUAUUAGUGGGAUGUGUAAGGGGAAGAGACUUGAGGAGGCAUCUGGGCUGGUUGGUAAAAUGGUGGAAAAUGGGUUGGUUCCAAGCGCUGUGACAUAUAAUGCUUUGAUUGAUGGGUAUUGCAAUAAAGGGAAUUUACAGAUGGCUUUUAGUUAUAAGGAUGAGAUGAUUAGGAAGGGCAUAAUGCCAACUGUGUCAACUUACAAUAUGUUGAUUCAUGCCUUGUUUUUGGAAGCUAGGAUGGGUGAGGCUGAUGAUAUGAUAAAGGAAAUGGGAAAGAAGGGAAUGGUUCCUGAUGAUAUUACAUAUAACAUCUUGAUUAAUGGUUAUUGCAGAAGUGGGGAUGCGAAGAAAGCCUUUAACUUCCAUGAUGAGAUGUUGACUAAAGGAAUUCAGCCUACACGGGUAACCUAUACGUCACUUAUUCAUGUAUUGAGUAAACGGAAUAGAAUGAAGGAGGCAGAUGAUUUGUUUGAGAGGAUACAGCAUAAAGGCAUGUUGCCAGAUCUUAUAAUGUUCAAUGCCUUGAUUGAUGGUCACUGUGCUAAUGGUAACAUGGAACGUGCACUAUCACUUUUGAAGGAGAUGGACAGGAUGAAGGUUCCUCCUGAUGAAGUGACUUACAAUACCUUAAUGCAAGGGCGCUGUAGGGAGGGGAAAGUUGAAGAAGCUCGCGAACUUCUCAAUGAGAUGAAGAGAAUGGGGAUUAAGCCUGAUAACAUUAGUUAUAAUACUCUUAUAAGUGGUUAUAGUAGAAAAGGUGAUAUGAAGGAUGCAUUUAGAGUCCGGGAUGAGAUGUUGAGUAUAGGUUUCAAUCCCACUCUUCUCACUUACAAUGCUCUUAUACAAGGCUUAUGCAAAAACCAAGAAGGUGAUCAAGCUGAAGAGCUCCUCAGAGAAAUGGUAAAUAAAGGUAUAACACCUGAUGACAGCACCUAUCUCUCUUUAAUCGAGGGGAUCAGCGAAGUUGAUAAGUUUGUGGGAAUUGGUGAUUCAUAAACAACUUAUUAGUCCACCGUGUUCUGAACUUUCACGGAGAAAGGGGUUCUCUUGAAGCAAAGUUCUUGAUGGGAAGAUUCUUUUCGUUGCUUCUUGUUUUGAAUACCUGCAGCUUGUUGACACACCCAGCUCAGAAACCAAAUUUUGAGUAGACCUGGUGACGGUAGAUUUGGAACAAUUGAAGGGGCUCACGAAGUAGCAGCAACAUGGGCUUUUGACAUGCACCAUUUUAAGAUUAAAUGAUCUGUUUACUUUCAAAUCUAUUGUUUGUUUGUAAAUCAGCAGUAAGCUACUGCUCAUCUUUACUUUCAUAAUGUUAUAGAGCAAAAUGAUUUCUCAGAA